AUGACGGAGACGGUGGUCUUCGAGGACGUGGCUGUGGACUUCACACGGGAGGAGUGGGCUUUGCUGGAUCCGGCUCAGAGGACGCUCUACAGGGAUGUGAUGCUGGAGACUGUCAGGAACCUGGAGUCCGUAGGUGAGGUGGCGUCACCGAUGAUAAGACUCCAUUUCCAGGCAAUGAACCAGUUUUUCAACCAGAAACUCAGGAGCAAAAAUGCCCACAUGGAUGUGAGACUCUGUGCAAGUGAUGGCAGCCGUCAAAUGGGAACAACAUUCAACCGGAAUCCAGAUCGGAAUGUGUCCAAGAGAAGGGCCGCUGGAGGAAAUCCACAAGAAGACACUGUGUGCGGACAGGUCUUCACGCAUCCUGCAUCGUUGGAGAGGCGCAUCGCAGCCCACAGGGGACACAGACCUGAUCCGAGUCCAGAGUGUGGCGAGGGCUUUGCCUUUCCAUCAGAGCUGACGGGACACACGACGACCCACUGUGGAGAAAGACCUUACUCGUGCGAACUGUGCUGGAAAACAUUCAUUCACGCGCGGUCCUAUCGAAGGCAUGAAAAAGUGCAUGACAAAGAGAAGCCCCGUGCGUGUGCGCAGUGUGGAAGGACCUUCGGGUUUCUAGACUCCUUUCAAAGGCAUGAAAGGACUCACAGUAAAGGGAGACUGAACGAGUGCCAGGAAUGUGGGAAAGUAUUCAAAUGGCCUUCGUCUCUCACACGACACAUGAGGACACACAGCCGGGAGAAGCCCUACGAGUGUGAGCAGUGCGGCAAGGCCUUCAAGUGGCCCAUCUCCUUACAGACACACCUGAAAACACACGUGGGAGAGAAGUCGUACAGGUGUGAGCGCUGUGGGAAGGCCUUCACCUGGCCCGUCUCCUUACGGGCACACAGGCGGUCGCACUGCGGGGAGAAGGCGUACACGUGUGAGCUGUGCGGGAAGGCUUUUAGCUGGCCCCUGUGCCUGCAGAGACACCAGCGCACACACAACCCGGAGAAGCAGCACGCGUGCCGCCAGUGCGGGAAGACGUUCCGGUGGCACUUUUCCUUACGCAGACACCUGGUGACACACUCGGGAGCCAAACCCUAUGAGUGUAAGGAUUGCGGGAAAGCCUUCAGCUGGCCUAUCUCUUUACGAGAACACAUGACAAAGCACGCUGGCCAAACAGCCCAUGAGUGCCAGGAAUGUGGGAAAGCGUUCUAUUACCUCCAGUCCCUGCGGAGGCAUGAAAGGAGCCACAGCCAGGAGAGGCCGCACGCGUGCAGGCAGUGUGGGAAGGCCUUCACCCAGCUCUUCUACCUGCGCAGACACGCCCGGACACACAGCGGGCAGAAGCUGUAUCCCUGUAAGGAGUGCGGGAAGACGCUCAAGUGGGCCUCCUCACUGGCCAUCCACAUGAGAAUCCACAGGGGCACGAAGCCCUACGCCUGUCAGCAGUGCGGCAAAGCUUUCAACUGGGCCAUCUCUCUGCGGGCGCACAUGAGGAUGCACUCGGGCGAGAAGCCCUAUGGCUGUAAGGAGUGUGGGAAGUCCUUCUACUGGGCCAUAUCUUUACGCACCCACAUGACCACGCACACAGGGAAGAAAGCCUACACGUGCCCGCAGUGUGGCAGAGGCUUCCAUCAGCUGUCCUACCUGCGGAGACACGUCCGCAUCCAUGCCGGAGAGAAGCCGUAUGAGUGUAAGGAGUGUGGCAAAGCCUUCAAGUGCCCUUCGUCUUUACCCAAACACAUGAGAACUCACACGGGAGAGAGACCCUACCAGUAUGUAGACUUCCUAAGACAUCCGCAUGAACCUGACAUCAAGGUGUCCACUUCUGUGAUGAAGGUGUUGAUGUUGUCAGGUGCUGAAAAUUGA